UUCAAAAGUAUGAUUCAAGGACAUUAUAGAGUUCAAACAACCAAGACCAUCAAUCGGACAGCCAAACACAGAGUACACAGGAAAGGCCAUCAAACAGCUACGCAGCAACGCAGGAAUGGACCCCGAACCUCAUAUCUCUAUCGAAAGCGAGGAAACGCAAGAGUACAUGCCAGUGAUCCUCGAUGGGAAUCAAAUCAGCCAAACAGCCUUCAGCUCGUUCCCAGACACCAAAUACGGCACCGUGAUAUGGCAAACACUUAUCUCCAAGCCGAGCACCUGCUCCGACUCAAUGUGCGUAGGAAUCGCGACAUGUCCCUUCAACGGUGCACUCGCCCUGCACCAGCAUUCUCAGGCAGAGGUCUACUACGUGCUUGAGGGGUCUGGGCAGGUUGAAAUUGACGGGGUCAGGCACCAUGUCAAGGCCGGAACCGUGCUUUGGAUUCCUGGGAAUGCGAUGCAUGGUGCCUUUUGCGGGCCUGACGAAACGCUGAAGUGGCUCUAUGUCUUUCCAGAGUCACGGUUUGAAGAUAUCAUUUACAGAUUUAAAGAUACAUAGUGGGCACUAUAUUACGCUGAGGAUUCUCAUAAGAAGCUCUGAAUUCUUUAGUUACUGAAAAUCUGAUUAUUCUGUGCCGUCGCG